CUCCACCUGCUCCUUGGGCUUCUCCGCGGCGGGGAGGGACCUCCCUGACCGCCGCCCCUCGUCCCAGCGGUGGCCACCCGCGCCAUGCAUCCUUCUUCUCCUCCUCCUCCUGCCCCUUCGAGGUGCUAAGUCAGUCUCAUGCUGCUGCUGCUCCGGGGGCUGCUGCUGGUCGCAGCCUUCUUGCUGCUGCCGGUCCGGGGCUGGACCUCUGCCGCUGGGGGGCAGGACGAAGCGGGCCUCUUCCUGCCUCCACUCAACGCCUCCUCCUCGCCGUCGGCCCCCGAUCCCAAAACCAGCUCCCGGGCCAUGGAGCUUGACCUGGAGGCGCCCCAGGUUGACGAGGACGCGGAAGACCCGGGAGAAGCGGGAGACCCAGGUGGCCAAGAAACCUCGGAGAGUAGCCACGCGGCCCCCCCGUCGGCGGACCCCAACUCGACCGUUUCCCCGGCUGCCUCCCCGGCCGCCUCCCCGGCCGCCUCCUCGGAAGCCUCCCCGGAUGACUCCUCGCCCCUGCCUGGCGCCACUUCGCCCCUGCCCGCCGCCGCCGCCGCUGCCGCCGCCUCGCCCCUGCCCGCCGUCGCCCGCGCCCCGGCGCACCAGGAGCAGCAGAGGGGUCCGGAGGCGGCGGAGCGGGGCGGUGGGCACCACGACGACGAGCAGCAGCAGGCGCCUCACCAGGAGCAGCAGCAGCCGCAGCAGCAGCAUCAGCACGAGGAGGCGCACUGCAACAUCAGUGUGCAGCGCCAGAUGUUGAGCUCCCUGCUGGUCCGCUGGAGCCGGCCGCUGGGCAUCCAGUGCGACCUGCUGCUCUUCUCCACCAACGGCCACGGCCGCGCCUUCUUCUCGGCCGCCUUCCACCGGGUGGGCCCGCCGCUCCUCAUCGAACACCUGGGGCUGGCGGCCGGGGGGGCCCAGCAGGACCUGCGCCUCUGCGUGGGCUGCGGCUGGGUCCGGGGUCGCCGGCUGGGCCGCCUCCGGGGGGGGGCUGCGGCUGCCGCCGCUGCGGCUGCGGCUGCGGCGGCGGCGGCGGCUGCCGCUGCGGCGGCCAGCAGCCCCGGGCCCGGUCCCGGCCCGGCCUCGGCCUCCGCCGCCUCCUCCGCAUCCGCCGCCGCCGCCGCCUCUUCGGCUGCUGCUGCAGCUUCUGCAUCGCUGCCCUCCUACCCCGCGGCCGAGCCGGGCCAGCUCUGGUGGCAGGGGGAGCCGCUGAAUUUCUGCUGCCUGGAUUUCAGCCUCGAGGAGCUCAAGGGCGAGCCCGGCUGGCGGCUGAACCGCAAGCCCAUCGAGUCCACGCUGGUGGCCUGCUUCAUGACCCUGGUCAUCAUCGUGUGGAGCGUGGCCGCCCUCAUCUGGCCGGUGCCCAUCAUCGCUGGCUUCCUCCCCAACGGCAUGGAGCAGCGGAGGACCGCCGGCAGCGGCGGCGGCGGCGGCGGCAGCGGCGGGACCGGCGGCGGCGGCGGGGGGGCCGGCGGCGGGGGGACCGGCGGGGGCGGGGCCGCCCCCCCCUCCUCCUCUUCUUCCGCGGCAGCUGCAGCGGCGGCCGUCACAUCUGGAACCGCUGCGGCCGCCGCUGCCGCGGCCGCCGCGGCCGCCGCAGCCGUCACAUCGGGCACCGGGGCCAAGUAGCCCACCGGGGUCCACCCCCCGCGACUUCCCCGAAUCUCCCCAGCCGCGGCUCCCCGCCACCUCUCGGGGCCCUUGCCUUCCCACUUCCAGCGUGGCGGGGCUGCGGCUCCUCUCCUCCCAGCUUGUCUUGGUCCUCCUCCUCCUCCUCCUCCUCCUCUUCCUCCUCCUCCUCCUCCUCCUCCUCCUCCUCCCUCUCCCUCCUCCUUCCUCCUCCUUCCUCUUCUCCCUUUGACUCUGUGUUUGUUGUCUCUUGGGUGACUCACCCGGUGGUAGACUCGACAGGUUUCAUUCGUGCUGUAGUUACCAUUAAUUGUUCUUCUUUUGGGGAGUGGGGGGGGGGUGGGA